UCUCCCUCUCUUUCCUCCUAUUCUGUCUGCCACUAGUCUACGGGAGGGGAGUGCACAAAGCCAAUAAGAAAAUCUGGCGUGUUGGCUGGGCCCUGUGCGCGCUAUGCUGCGGUAAAGGCCGCUGUUUGCGGUGUUUUACUGGGGAUGUAGAGAGGAACCGAGGCGCCGCUCUCCCCGUCGGACCGCACCGCGUCUGCUCUGCCCAGCCCGCUGCAUCGCUGAGCGGCCUGUGAAGCACAAGAUGUCGACCAGAACGCCAUUGCCCACAGUGAACGAACGAGAUACGGAGAAUCACUCGUCGGUGGAUGGCUUCGUUGACCCCCCUGUCCCGCCGACAAAGUCUGCAAGUCGCCACAGCCUGCCGCGAUGCCGCAACUCUUUCACUUCCACCGAGGAUCACCCCCACAUCGGCAACUACCGCCUCCUCAAGACCAUCGGCAAGGGGAAUUUUGCCAAGGUCAAGCUUGCACGACAUGUCCUGACCGGACGAGAGGUGGCUGUGAAGAUCAUAGACAAAACUCAGCUGAAUCCCACCAGUCUACAGAAGCUCUUCAGGGAAGUCCGAAUAAUGAAGAUAUUAAAUCAUCCAAAUAUAGUGAAACUAUUUGAAGUGAUUGAGACGGAAAAGACACUUUAUUUGGUGAUGGAGUACGCCAGCGGUGGUGAGGUAUUUGAUUAUUUGGUGGCUCAUGGCAGAAUGAAGGAGAAGGAGGCCAGGGCCAAGUUCAGACAGAUUGUGUCUGCAGUGCAGUACUGUCACCAGAGGAGGAUAGUGCACAGGGAUCUAAAGGCAGAGAACCUGUUGUUAGACGCUGACAUGAACAUCAAGAUUGCUGACUUUGGCUUCAGCAACGAGUUCACUCUGGGCAGUAAGCUGGAUACUUUCUGCGGUUCCCCGCCCUACGCUGCUCCAGAGCUCUUCCAGGGGAAGAAGUAUGAUGGGCCCGAGGUGGACGUCUGGAGCCUUGGGGUCAUCCUCUACACGCUGGUCAGCGGAUCACUGCCUUUUGAUGGACAGAACCUAAAGGAGCUGAGAGAGAGGGUCCUACGGGGAAAGUACCGUAUUCCUUUCUACAUGUCCACAGACUGUGAAAACCUGCUGAAGAAAUUACUAGUGCUCAACCCUGUCAAACGAGGCAGUUUGGAGCAAAUCAUGAAAGACCAUUGGAUGAAUGUGGGUCACGAGGAGGAAGAGCUAAAACCAUACAUCGAACCCGAGACUGACUUCAAUGACACAGCCAGAAUAGAGCUCAUGGUUGCCAUGGGCUUCCCAAAGGAUGAGAUCACUGAAUCUCUGCUUGGCCAGAAGUAUGAUGAUGUCAUGGCCACCUACCUACUGCUGGGCAGGAAAGCUCCAGAGUUCGAGGGGAGUGAGCCCCUGACUAACAGCGCCCUGGGUCAGCGACAACGGCCGACCAGUGACAUCAACAACAGCUCCAGCAUAUCUCCGGCCCAUCCCAAGGUCACACGCAGCAUCUCGGCCAAUCAGAAGCAGCGGCGCUACAGUGAUCAUGGUGGGGAUGAUGAUGGUGAUGGUGGUGAUGUCGUAGAGAAGCAAAUGGGUCCAUCUGUGCCCCCUGCGGUGUCGUAUUCGAAGCGCGGCCAGGCACUCAGUGUGGAGAGUGACCACAGGGAGGAAUGGGAUGGAGCUCGCAGGCUGGAGCUCAACACUUCCAAGGGAGACGUUCCCGCCUCGCCUCUGGGUGUGCAGGAGAGGAAGAAAACUACCAGUGCUGUGGGGACAAAUGGAUCAAUGACACGCAGGAACACAUAUGUGUGUGAGCGAUCCUCCACUGACCGCUAUUCGGCUAUUCCCAAUGGCAAAGACAGCAGUUUAACAGAGGUUUCAGGAAGCACUCCAUCAACUGCGAUGAGCUCCACACGACCUCGCCACACCAAGUCCAUGUCAUCAUCAGGGCACCCUUCAAAGAGCACACUGCCCCCCAUAGAUGACAACACAGAGCUUAAAGCCAGCUCCUCUCCGCGGGGUCCCUCUACCUCUCCGUCAGCCCACAGUAUCAGCACCCCAGAGAAGAACCGUUUCCCCCGCGGGACCACCAGUCGCAGCACCUUCCAUGGGGCUCAGCUUCGAGAUCGCCGCAGUGCCACUUACAAUGGCCCUCCAGCCUCGCCAACACUAUCCCACGAUACGGGGGCUCUGGCUCAACAACGCAGGGGCACAUCCACUGGGAUUAUCAGCAAGAUCACCUCUAAAUUUGUGCGCAGGGUGCCUAGUGAGGGAGAGGCCAGUGCCAGGACAGAAACACCAAGGAGUGCAUCAGGUGAUGCUAAGGAAGAAGGGGGCCGGGACUCAAAGCCUCGCUCGCUGCGUUUCACCUGGAGCAUGAAGACCACCUCCUCCAUGGAGCCCGCUGACAUGAUGAGGGAGAUCCGGAAAGUGCUGGACGCCAACAGCUGCGAUUACGAGCAGCGCGAACGCUUCCUGCUCUUCUGCGUUCACGGCGACGCCCGCCAGGACAACCUGGUCCAGUGGGAGAUGGAGGUGUGCAAGCUGCCCCGUCUGUCACUCAAUGGCGUGCGCUUCAAGAGAAUAUCAGGCACAUCCAUCGCCUUUAAGAAUAUUGCCUGCAAAAUUGCCAACGAGCUCAAACUGUGACCGCAGGUGGGAGUCUCAGUCGGUCUACGGUGAGCUCUGGUUUUGGUCAUCUCAUCACUGGAUUAGUGUUGACUACAGGACAGAAAUUCAGCACUUAAGGACCUCACCAUGCAGAAUCAGGGUGGACUAGGCUGGUCGUGUGCAAUACUGGCCAUGAAUGUACUGUACAGGGUAGUGGAUCUGAGAGAUAUCACUAGGUUUAACCUCUAUGGCGGAGAGAUAGCAAAAACAGCUGACCCCUUUUUUCUUCCGUCCAGCCCUCUCUCUCAUCAAGCCGCUGCUCCUCGUCAUAGGACUCAUUCAUGUAACACAUGCAGUAUGCAACUGAAGAUGACCAUCCCUGCAAUAAUGUUUUGAAUCUCUUUUUCUAAGAGCCUAAUACAGGAUCUGCUCUCCUCGCUGAAUAACCAUUAAAAUUACUGAAAGCUAAAGUAAAUAGCCGCUUUUCCACCUGUGUUAAGUCAAUAUAUAGAUCAGGCUGGGUCCCAUACUAGAACUAUGUGAAAAAAGUAAUUGUACUGUAUGCAUAACAUCUGCAGGUACUGUAUUGUAUAUUGAUUUUGAGUUCUGUACAGAAUUUUAUUGUCAAUAAGGUCUUUUUUUUCUCUUUGCUUUUUUUGUUCUCAAGAUUUAAGUUCUUUCCUAAUAUAAUGGAUGUCUCUUAGAACAUUAUCCUUUUGGUCUGUGAGUUUUUUUAAUUCUUUUUUUUAAGAGUCACCAUAUGAAAAUAGUGUUUUUAAUUUUAUUUAAAGAGCACUAAAUUAUUUUGUGGACUAUUGAGGGAUGUGUUCAAGCUCCCUUGCCUUUUAUGUUAUAUUGUUCUAUUUUAUUUGCCUAAAGAAAAAACACACUAAGUUGCACCACAUAGACUUGAGUAGUAACUUCAGUUAAAACUGAAAAUGUGUUCACUUUAUUUUCUCUCAGCGGUAGGUAGGUGAUAUGGAGACCCUGCUGCAAUUGCACAAGUUUUCCAGGGUGAUGUCUAUGAACAUGAGAGUGCGCACCUGUAUUUCUUUCAUGUUAGUUUGGUAGUCCACAGUUACAUCAAAGCAGGGUUUAAUUUGGUUUGCUUUAGAAAGAGAGGUCAGGAUGUCUUUACUCAAAGGAAUGGAGAUGCAUUCAAGUCAAACAAUCAUCACAAAAUGAGCAACUUGUCUCGUGGAACCUUUCUAAAGAGCCUAUUUUAGUCCUGCUACCAGUGUGAUUGUGCAGGUACUUGUAUAUCUCCUUGCUUGUGUUUUCUUUUUUUCUUUUUCUUUUUUUUUUUUUUUGCAGAUUUUAUUGUAUUUAUUCCAUUACAUUGUAAUGUGCUGCUUUGUAGAAUUGAGGCGUGCACUUUGUUGGAGAAAAUAAAAAAGGAUUUUAUUUGUUUGUA